AUGGCGUCUCAGUCCAAUUCCAGUCCCACGCCCAAAGCUGAAGCUGCAGCUAGCAAGUUGGGGACUACACAAAAUCACAAACUGUCCGCUCUUCCUCGAUCCUCAAGACCCAAUUACAGACAUAUACACCGUUUCCCACUGCCCCUCAGUGUUCAUCCGCUUCCUCCUUUGAUCCCGCAUAACCCCUUGUCUAUUGUCAGUGUGCUACUCUCGUACCUGACGUACUUCAUCUCUCCCCCUCAUCAUGAAGUCUAUCCUGCCUACUUCGACUCGGACACUUCUUCUGUCCAUGUCACUGAUGAGAAGACUAUCCGGGCAUUGUGGGAAAUGGGGUUCUUCGGCAAGGGUAAUCUGAGUCGAAGUGAACCCAGCUGGCUAGAACGAGAAAAGAAGAGGAGGGGGUUACUCGGAGGGGUUACCAGUGAAGAGGUUACUCGCCAACGAAGAUCAGAGCGCCGAGAGUUGAAACUGGAGAGAGCCAGGAUGGAGAGGAUGGCUAUUGAUGAUAGGCUGAAGGCGGAGGCCACCGCGAACGGGACCGUUACAACGCUAACCGAUCAAUCGUCCAUGCCAGCUACCGUGGAUGGUGUUACUAGCAGUGCUGUUUCUACUGCCGAAAAAUUUUCCUUGCGGAAAGCCAGGGAAACUAAACUACUGGGGUCACAAUGCCCGGUAGCACAGAACUGGGAGGGUGAGUCUCCCGACCAAAAAUCACCGAACGGUGGCAAGACCGUGCGGUUUUCUCCAGUAGUUGAGGCCAAGGAAUUUGCCUCGGACUCAACUAUCCUGCACCUACCGGGUUCCAUGACGGACAAGCAGGAGUCUGGUGAGGAGCCUGUGUUGGUUAACGAGGAACACUUGCAACUGUCCAACGAGGAGGCAUUUUUCCUGGCGUAUGGGCUUGGUGUCCUCCAGAUCUUUGACAGGGACCAGAAGACUACAUUGUCCCCAACCACUUUACUCUCGAUGUUUUGUCAGCAUGCAUACUUCCCCCCACGAGUUUUGUCCACAGAUUUGAAUCCGGACAACCCUUUUUUGAUAUCAUAUGUUGUGUACCACCAUUUUCGUUCUCUUAAAUGGGUUGUACGCUCCGGAGUGAAAUUCGGAGUAGACUAUAUCCUUUACAACCGUGGGCCCGUUUUCUCGCAUGCUGAGUAUGCCGUUGUGGUCAUCCCAUCCUUCGAUGACCCCUACUGGUCCGAAACUGAAGAGCGGAGAGUGCACUGUGCCAAUAAACAAGCACGCAGCUGGUGGUGGUUCCAUUGCGUCAAUCGGGUCCAGGCGCAGGUACGAAAAACCUUGGUGGUGUGUUAUGUCGAAGUCCCUCCCCCGUCUCCUCAUGAUCCGAAAGCAUCCUCAGAGGUUGACAUUGGGGCCAUCCUUGCCCGCUACCGAGUGCGAGAAAUGACUGUCAGGCGAUGGGUGCCGAAUCGAACCCGUGAUUAG